UAUCGAUAUUGUGUCAGCUCUAUAAUUGUAAAGAGGCAGUUUUGUUUACCAAUAAAUGGAUUGCAAUUGAAUUUUUGAGAAAAUUAUUAAAAUCUUCUUUGAUAAGGGUGCAAAUAUUAAUAAAGUGAAAAGACGAUUCAACAAAGAAAUGAAGUUAUGAAAUCGAAAGGCGGAAUAAUUAUUUCUUUUUAAAUUUUUGGUUGAGAAUGAGUCAUCGAACUUGCUGAAUUUGCUGUGCAUUUAGCUGUGUAGUUAGUUAUUUACCUUUAUUGGUGACUAGAAAAUAGAGGUUUCAAGAGAAUGCAUAAGAAAUAACGGUGAUCUUUUCAAGAAUACUACAAAAGGAAUUUCAAAAAUGGAAGAUUACAAAUUUUUGUUUAAAAUCGUUUUGGUGGGCAAUGCAGGAGUUGGAAAAACCUGUUUAGUAAGACGCUUCACUCAAGGUCUAUUUCCGCCUGGCCAAGGUGCAACAAUAGGUGUCGAUUUUAUGAUUAAAACUGUUGAAGUAGAUGGCGAUAAAAUCAAGUUACAAAUUUGGGAUACAGCUGGACAGGAAAGAUUUCGCUCAAUUACUCAGAGCUAUUACAGAUCGGCACAUGCUUUGAUCUUAGUUUAUGAUAUUAGUUGUCAGCCCACAUUUGAUUGCUUGCCCGAUUGGCUACGCGAAAUACAAGAGUAUGCCAAUUGCAAGGUUUUGAAGAUACUAGUCGGCAAUAAAACUGAUCGGGAGGAUCGUGAAAUUCCUACACAAAUUGGUGAAGAAUUCGCUAAGCAGCAUGAUAUGUAUUUUCUGGAAACUUCUGCUAAGGAAGCUGAAAAUGUUGAACGGCUCUUCUACGAAAUUGCGGCGGAACUAAUCGAUCAGGCGCGCAGAAAGGAUGGGACAUCAGCAGCUAAUAAAAAUUCCAUGGAUGCCAUAGGAUUAGGUUCACUUGGAACGAAAGCAUCACAGAAUAGCUGCUGUAGCGGUUUUAAUAGUAACUCCAAUCAAUGUACUUCAUAAAAUGUUUAAACAAUAAAAAGCUUGUUUCGUUUUUAUGAAUUUUAAGUUUUAAACAAAACAACUAUGGGUCG